GCUGCUGUUCAGACCUUGGGCAUGUCUGGGUUGCGAUGCGUUUCCCCCGGUGACUGGGUUUAUCAAUAAAUUUUCGUACAAGAGUGAGACUUCUGCUGCUGCAAAAAUUUUCACUCUGCAGCCAUCGUCAUCCGGACGGUAGUAGCCGAUUGUUCGUGAGUGUGCGUGUGAUAACGUUCACUUCACACUACGUUCAGCGGUGUACCAGUUUUUUUUUUCUGUGCAGAUCUACAUAUAUGUUCUUUACAGACUCAUGUAUAAUCACAUUCGAUAAUUGGUUCCACGUUACCCGAGUCCCAACAGACCUCGUUAUAAUUUUAUAUCGUUAUAAUACCACAGUACGAUUAUAACAUUAAUCAUCACUAUUUUAACGAAUCACCAGUGAAUACACACUACCGUAAUUUAUUGUUCAAUAUAUAUAUGUAGAUAAUUAUACAUAUAUUUAUAUAUAAUAUAUACAUAUUUGAGUACGCGGAACUUAGCUCAGUUCUUGAUGUCAUCAUUCUCGAUCAGUUCCGGUCGCCACACGUUGUAUGGUACCAAAGAUAACUUGGUGGACCAAGAUUUUAAUUGGCAUUGUUAUAAUAACUUUAACAACCAUCAAAAGAAGUGCAAUAACAUGUCGCAGUGCGACGUUACAGAAGCUGGUGUCCCGCUCAACUCCCCUGCCUUUCUUUCUUGGCGUAAACUUCAAUUAAGUAGAGCUAAACUCAAGGCGUCUAGCAAAACAUCGGCACUUUUGUCAGGUUUUGCUAUGGUGGCAAUGGUAGAGAUGCAAAUAAGUGAUGAUUCUAAAGUACCAGAAGGAAUGCUUGUAGCAUUUGCUGUAUGUACCACCUUACUAGUUGCUGUUCACAUGUUGGCUUUAAUGAUAAGUACAUGUAUUUUACCAAACAUUGAUGCUGUAUGUAAUCUCCAUUCAGUAAGUCUUGUACAUGAAGCUCCACAUGAACGUCUACAUUGGUACAUAGAAACUGCAUGGGCAUUUUCUACACUUCUUGGUCUUCUAUUGUUCCUAGCUGAAAUUGCCAUACUAUGUUGGGUCAAAUUUUAUGAUAUAUCUAAAUAUGCAGCAUGGUCCGCUGUUAUUAUGUUAAUCCCCGUUCUAGUGAUAUUUUUAGCAUUUGCUAUACACUUUUACCAAUCUAUGGUAGCCCAUAAAUAUGAAGUGACUGUAAGUGGUAUUAGACAAUUGGAACUUCUAAAAGAACAAAUUGAAGCUGGAGAUUUGGAACGCACAAAUGGAUUAUUACUGAAUGCACCAGGCACACAGAUUGUUUGACAGUGCCAUUAAAUGAAACAAAAGUCCUAAGUACCCAUUUAGUUCUUAAAAUACAAUUUAUUAUGGUGCUUUAUUAAACAAAAUUUUAAAAAAUGUUCACAUGAUGAGUUACUAUGUUUGACUUAUUAUCUUGACUGUUGAUUAUAUAUUUUUUUUUUUACUAUCUGCCUUAUAUCUUACCUAUCCUAUAAAUUUUAUUAUUUUAAAGAUUUAAAAAGCUACAAGCUAUACAUAGUAUAUAUUAUAUAUUAUAUUUUUUAUUAUUUUUCAUUAUACAGCUCAACAUUUCUUAGACUAAUUGUAAAAUUUUAAGUUUUAUGUUAAAUUGUAAAUAUUUUGCAUUAUUUGUAAUAUAAUUUAUAUUGCCAAUCUACAAAUUAAACUUUAUUUAGUAACUAUGUUAUUAUGUCUUCAAUAAUUUACUUUUUACAUAGUCAUUGGCUUUUGAUAAAAUAUGUUACAUAAAUACAAAGAAUGUUAUAAUUAUACUAAUUCAUUAAAUGACUACCCCUUGGUUAUUACUUAUACUAUAUUAUGUUAAUUUUAUACAGCUUAAUAAUUUUCUAAGAACUCUUCAGUUUGAAUUAGUAUUUUAAAUUAUAACAUAAUAUAAUAUUAACCAUUAGGUAUAUUUUUAGUUUAUAUUUUUUACCAUAUACUUUUAUAUUAUUAUUAUUUGUCUAUGAAUAUUUUCUGAUCACAUCUGCUACACAAAAAAAAAGAUUUAUAGCAUUUUUUUAUACUCAAUGUACAAUAAUUGUUUUAUAUCAUUAUUGUUAUUAUUAUUUUUUACUUAUACAUUGUUUUUAUUUUCAUGUGAUUUAAUUAUUAUACUUACAAUAUUGUAAUAUUGUUGUUCAGAUAGUUCUCUGUUAUAUUAUAUGUGCAUUAUAUAUAUUUAUUUAUAAGAAAACAAUGAUUUCGACUCGUUUCAUUUUUUAAAUUAUCCAUAACAAACCUAUACUUGAAUCUAACAAUGCUUAACUAUCACUUAAUGAAUGUAUUGUAUAGUAUUGUAUACCUAUGUACUUAUUAGAACUUUGUACAACUCAAGAUUGUUAUAUACAUAUUUUAUAUGCAAAUGCAAAUGGUAAGCAAUAAUAAAUGUUAAAGUAUGAAAA